AUCUCAUUUGAAAGCUCCCCCCAUUCUCUCUCUAUAUUGUGGUGGAGUCUACAUAGCAGCAUAUACAAUUGACUCUGUCAGACGGGAAAAAUGGAAGCAACCACAUUUGGCGUAGUUGUCACCACCAUCGUGGUAGCAGCAUCUGUGACAUGGGUGGCGAAGCUGCUGAACACGCUCUGGUUUCACCCUAGAAAGCUCGAGAAGCUUCUGCGACAACAAGGUUUUAUCGGGAAUCCUUACAGGUUGCUCCUGGGAGACAUGAAAGAUUACAUCAAGGCCGUCAAAGAAGAACAGCCUAGAUCCAUCCCACUGUCCGAUCAAAUCAUGCCUCACGUUUUCGCAUACGAGCAUCGGAUCAUCUCUAAAUACGGUCCGAAUAGUUUCUAUUGGUUGGGUCCGUCGCCGAGGCUCAACAUAACUGAUCCCGAGCUGAUAAAAGAUAUAGUAAGGAGAACUGGUGAAUUCGAGAAGCCGUCACCGGAAACAGGCAAGAUCCUCACUGGCGGCGGUAUUCUCUUUCAAGAGGGCCAAAAAUGGGUUAAACGCAGGAAGAUUGUCAACCAUGCUUUCCAUCUCGACAAGUUGAAAAAUAUGGUGCCAACAAUGGGAUUAAGUUGUUCCCACAUGAUUCAAAAGUUAAAGGGAGCGGUUGCUAAUAGUAGUAACCGAAGCCGCUGCGAAAUCGAUAUGUGGGCAUACCUUAAAGAUUUAACAGGCGAUGUGAUUUCAAGGACGGCGUUUGGCAACAGCUAUGAAGAAGCAAAACGGGUUUUUCAGCUCCAGAAUGAUAGAGUGGAGCUCGUCCUGCAAUUACUGCACUUUUCGUUGAAAGAUAUUAUGGACUAG